AUGUCGGCGCCGGUUAUGGAAAAAGCCACUGGGGGUGGGCUCCAUCCCGCGCUUUACAUCGCGAGCUGGAUCUUUUUCUCCAACAGCACCAUCUUGUUCAAUAAGUGGAUCUUGGAUAACAAGGAGACACCAUUCACCGUCAUCCUAACAUGCUGGCACAUGAUUUUCUCCACCGUGGCGACACAAGUCCUGGCUCGCACCACGACCAUGCUUGAUGGGCGUAAGGAGGUCAAAAUGUCUGGUCGCAUUUAUUUACGCUCCGUCGUCCCCAUUGGCCUGCUCUACUCGGGAUCCCUCGUUUGCUCAAACAUGGUCUACAUGUACCUGUCCGUGUCUUUCAUUCAGAUGCUCAAGGCUGCCGCCCCUGUUGCCGUCCUUCUCUGCUCCUGGGCAUGGCGCCUCAAGGAGCCUUCGGCCAAAACUUUCGCCAACGUCAGCGUCAUCGUCUUUGGCGUUAUGAUUGCCAGCUUGGGCGAGAUCUCUUUCAGCUGGUUGGGCGUCAUCUAUCAGCUUGGCGGCAUCGUAUUCGAGGCCCUGAGGUUGACCAUGAUCGAGGUCAUGCUGGCUGGCGACUCGGAACAGAAGAAGAUGGACCCUCUGGUCUCUCUCUACUACUACGCCCCCGUCUGCGCCGUUACCAACAUCUUCGUCGCUCUCGUCGUUGAAGCCAAGACCUUCCAAAUUGAGGACCUCAUCAACGUGGGUAUCGUCAUGCUCGUGCUCAACGCCCUUGUGGCCUUCAUGCUCAAUGUUGCGAGCGUCAUGCUGAUCGGCAAGACGUCAUCCCUCGUCCUCACACUGUCUGGUAUCCUCAAGAACAUCCUCCUCAUCGUGGUUGCCGUUCUUUUCUACGCCGAGAAGGUCACCUUCAUACAGUUUGUCGGCUACUCGAUCGCUCUGGCCGCUCUGACCUACUACAGCCUCGGUUGGGAUGUCAUAAAGUCCCGUUCCGUCGCUGCUGCCGACUGGACACGCGCAAUGUUCAGCUCCUCGGGUGUCGAAGACGCGCGCUUGUCUCCUGCCGUUCGGCGCGCCCUGAUUCUUGGUGUGAUCCUGCUCAUCCUUGUGCUCGUGACAUUUGCCAUGUUCCACGACGGCACCUCCAGUCUAAAGGAGACUAUCAUUGGUCGUCGGUAG